AAGGUCGAUACCAGUCAGUCUCGGCGCGAGUCCGCUGGUGAUCGGUCGUUCCGGAUGCUUAACUCUACACAUUUUGACAUUUGCGUUAUACGCAUCGACAGUGUUUUUAUUUAUAAACAGUGAUUAUUGCAUUUUAUUUUUUCUAUGACUGAAAAUGGCUUUUUUAUUUGGCUGUUGAAGGAAUGUGACAACGAGUGGCAUAUGGAUGCAGGAUGUUAUAUACAUUUUCGAUAGGAAGUUAAAAAUGGGACGAAAGAACUUAACCGUGAUGCGCCUGGGCAGGUGCAUAGCAUUCCUGGCGGCCGCUGCCUUCCUUCUGCCCUUCACUAUCCUGCUGAUGGUUGCUGAUCAGCAGUACCAUCUGACCUACAACAGUAAAAGGGUUUUCUAUCAGGAGAACGACUUCUAUAGAUUUAACGGGACGUAUUACUCAACUCCAAUCGCGGUUACCACACCCACGUUACCGCGGUCACAGUUUCUCUUCGAGAACGGCACCCAGCAGGACGGUCUGCUAACCAGAGAUAAAUUCAUGGAGGUGAACGCGAGGAUGGUCGCCAGGCGGGAGUUCCUCAGCAGCGAGUGCGCUAGGCUCGGUCUGGACGGCUCGAGCAGCAAGGCCUACGCAUGGGAGUACCUCAUCAAUAGGCAGUACCACGUCAUAUGGUGUAACAUAUUCAAAGCGGCGUCCACAUCGUGGAUGUACAACUUCAACCUAAUGGCCAACUACACAGCGUCAUUCCUAGACAAAACCAAAGUGGUUCUCCUCGAGCUAGCUAGAAAAAAAUACGCCAGACCCACGGUCGAGAUGAUAAAGAAGGCACAAGCAGACUCCAUAACGUUUCUGAUUGUAAGACAUCCCUUGGAGAGGUUGGCGUCGGCGUACAAUGAUAAAAUCGUGCAUGCAUGGCCGAAGUCCUUCCACGAUAAGAUGGGGCAGAGGAUUAUCAAGAAGUAUAGAAAGCAACUUAGCGGUAACUCGCCCGCGCCCAAAGAACGGUAUCCCGUUUUCGAAGAGUUCGUGGCUUACGUCCUGGACGAGUGGAAGGCGAAGAGGACGUUGGAUAUGCACUGGACUCCUUACUCAGGCUUCUGUACACCGUGCAAGUUUAAUUUCGACGUCAUAUUGAAGUUUGAGACGUUAGACGAGGACCAGAGGUUCCUGAUCCAAUUGGCGCGCCUGCAAGAUGUGGUCAAGCCCGAGUGGCGCAACAGCGGUAAAGGCCCCAACACAUUGCACAACAUGAAUCAUCUCUACUCGCGCAUCUCGCGGACACAGCUCGACGGCCUUUACAACUUGUACAAGUUUGACUUCCUACUCUUCAACUACACCGUGCAUGGAUAUUACGACAUAGUUCAAGAGGAUAAGGAGAGUAAUGGAUGAACCCUCAAGCGACGACUAUUGAACACUUCAUCAUUUCAUUAUCACGCGUGUCCAGCACACAUCGAUUGUUGAUGUUUCAUCAAUGGCUUGAAGACUGAUCGAUCGAUUGGUUGAUGGACUGAUCAAUCCAAUCGAGGCCGUGGACGGUAUACUUUACGUCAAUUUUUAAAUUUGUUAUGACAUAAAGGUGAGUGCACAGUGAAACGGAUGGUCCAUUUAAGCAACGAUAAAAUAAUUUGUUGAAUAUAUACGAGUACACCUCUUUAGUCCACCUAUGUGCAUUACGUUAUGUUGCGGUCACCUUACAAACACUGUUGUAAAGCUGAUGGAAAUAAAUGUUCCAAUGCAAUCCUAUAUAUAAAGCUUUUAGUAUUAGCUAAUGUUUUGUGAUUUCAAACGAACAUUGCCUUAAUUACCCUUAGAUAUGUUUGCUUUACAGAUGUGAUGUAAUCAGAAUAUUGUGAUUUAUUUAUUUUGAAAGAAAGUUAUUGUACAGUGAUAUUUUUAUUUAUAGACGAGAUUGAGCGAAGUAAAAAUUAGUAUUUAAGCUAAUAGAUACAAACUGCGAAUAUGUGAUUGCAAAUGCAAUUUUGAAGUUGUUUGGUAAUUAUAAUUCAAAUUCUACGCCUUCUAAAAAUACAUAUUGCAAGAAUUGAAUGUUGUAUCAAUGAGUACAGAUUGUGUAAUAGUGUAAGAGUUUGAGAGAGAAUUGAUGAUAUAAUUGUCGGAUAGCUUACAAAAGUACCUAAGCAUGUAUGUCCAAAACGGAAUUCUUGUCCAUGUUCAACUCACUACUUUCCUUUUACCAUCACAUUUUUUAUUAAAGAGCAGUUCAUCUUUAUAAUGGGUAUCUAUUCAGAUAUAGGUGAUUCAACAAAAAUUGUUGAAGAUAUAAUAAAAAUAUUAGAAGUUAUCUACCACCCUAUGGCAUGGCUGAUACAUAAAUAACAUUGCACCCAUUCGUAACCAUUUUAUAUCGACGCUCGUAUGUAACACAUAUAUUUGAAUAGAUCCUAGAAAAUAAAGUACCGUCAGACUAGGUAGGUUGGUUGAAUAGGAUUGACGUGCCUAGUAAUCGGCAUAAAGAAUGUUGUAAAUAUGUUUUAGUUUUGUACCGCAAAAUACAAAUUCCUUAGUGCUUCCAUAAGAUAGUUUUAUGGAAUUAAUACCUAUUUAAGUAAGCUAAGAUGAUGUAAAAGACAAAUUAGAUUUUGAACGAUUAAAUAAUUUGCUUUUAAAGUUAGGAUUAUUCCAAUCCGUUUUUGAUGAGUAAAUGAAAAUUAAAUUUACACACAGUAAGAUAUCAUAUAUUGCCAAUUCGUAUAAUGCAUAAUAUAAUUGUCGAAAGCUUUGUAGCUUUAGGGAAGAAUAUUAGCCACACGGACAAAUUGACAGGCAAAAUUUUUGAAUGCAGAACGCAUUCAAAAAACCCAAAAAGUACAUGGAAAUAUUUUUUUAUCAACCAAUUGUCCGACUAGUCAUCAUAACGUACGUUUGCAUAAUAGGUAUCACCAGAUUUUUAAAAGCCAUCUCUUUAAUUGGCAUCAAACUUAAGGCAAACUUAUACUGAUAGAAUAAUUUUAUUGAUUUAAAUGUCAGCUAUUAAUCGUAUCAUACUGGCAAAUGAUAUUUGGCUUUAUUAACGUUGUGCCAGCGAAUUGGGCAUGUGAUGUUAUGUGCAAAAAUGCCUUUUAAGGUCUUAUAAGUUAAGUAAUUACGCAUCAGCACAUGAAACUAACCAAAAUCAAUGCCGUAAAAAUCAAGUACAAUACAUACAUUUGAAUAGAUAGCUAAGUACAUUUCCGCUUGUCAAUGUACUUUUAUCACAACGUAAUUUGACUUUUACUUGAUUUAUACUUGUCCACUAAUAGAUUAUCUCUUUUAUUCAUAAAAAAGUUAAAGCACACUUUCAAACUAAAGUAUGUUUUGUCUCGCUCUGUUAAUGUUGUAAAGUGCGAUAGUGACAAAACAUAUUUUAACAUAAAGUCGGCUUUAACUUUUUUAUGAAUAAGAUUUUUUUUAUUUCUGGCAAUAUUUAAAUGAGUGCAUAAUAUCACAAUUUCAAUUCUUAGCUUGCACUAGAAUUUCAUGCAUUACAUUUAAAUUAGUCUUACAGUUUCCAUGAUAUACCUUAACCAUAAGUACAAAACCUAUUCCUAAGUUAUGUAUUAGAACGGUAAGACGUUAUAUUUGGCUGAUGUUAAUCUGCGUUGUUGUAUGUAAGUGUAACUGAUUAUAGGUAUGUUUGUUUUUUUAGAUGGAUCAUUUUUUAUAUUAACUGUUGAAUAAAAUUUUCUUAAAGUAUAAUAUUUGUUAAGCACUAUAAAAUUUUACUUGAUUUUUUUUAUGUCAAUUGAAAAUAUUUAGAAAACAUUGUACAUCGGUGCAACUUUUAUCACUUUUUUAUUAGAUAGUGGGUAGGUAGGUACUAGUCCAUUUAUUUAACACAAACAUUUGGUAAAUAUAGAUUUCCCAUGUGAAAUAUAACUUGGCAUUGUAAGUAGGUAUAUUUUAUUUACCCAAUGUAAAUAUUUUGUGAAUUGUUGUAUGUUAAAGUUUAAAUGAGUUUUCUUACCAGUGUAUGAAUGAACUUUUUGAAAUACUGUUUUGGUCAAAAAUAUAUUUCAGACAUUCAGAAUACAUAAAGUAGGAAUUAAUUCAUUACAUUUUUGCUCUCUCUCUCUAUAAGACGUUCAACUUUAAUUAGCUCUGAUAGGAUUAAAGUUAACCAAAGGAAGUAAAAACGCUUGUUUUGCAUUUUAAUGUUUAUGGGAACCUCUGUCUAAAUGUUUUUUUUUAUAAUCAUCAAUUGAACUAAAAUUUAUAAGAUCCUGAAGGGAUUUUAAACAAUGUUAGAAUAACCAUCUUCAAUUCCUCUCCUACGGACAUAAUUAAAUCAAUAAUUGGUAAAUCAAUAUACAGUUUUGUUACCUACUUGUCAUUACACCUGUCACUCUUAAAGAUCUGGCAUUAUCUAUAUCAUUUGUAGACAGAGAAAGUAUAGACAUCGUAUCUUUUGUUUUGCGCAUGCAAGAGAAUCGCGCGUUAGAAAUACACGAUAAGGAACGGGACAGAGUACUAAUAUAAUUUGUUCCUACAUCCCCCAAUUGUAUGAGAUAGGACGAAAAUUGUAUGGAAAUGUUAUAUAUCAUUUGGUUAUGUUAUAUAUCGUUGUCUUAAGUUUUCUUUGUCUAUGAUAUCUCUUCUAUGAACAGACAAAAGCUUGGACUAGUAUUUAUUUGUUUUGUCUCGUUGUUUCAAUGAAAAUAGACAUGAGACAAAAUAAAUAAUAACUAUUCUAAAGCUAUCAGAUAACUAGGAAUAGUGACAUUUUGUAUCUUAUUACAUAUUUUAUAUAGAUUCAGAGAUUUUGCUGUACAAAAUGGUAAAAGUAGUAAACAAAAUUAUUUGCUCUUAGGCUGAGUUAGAUACGUAUGAACGUUAGUUAGUAUGGAAUGAAUAUUAGACCAAAAAGUAAUGGCCUAUGAAUGUAACUGAAAUGGUGCUAUAGUCCUGUAGAUUUGAUCUCAUAUCAUGUGAGACACGCAUGCAUUGACUUAUUGCUAAUACGAGAAAGUUGUGUUAUAGAUUUCAAAUAACUGAAUCGGUUGUGUUUACAUAUUGUUAAACAAAUUAUUCUUAGUACUUAUAGAGAAUAAAUUACCUAUUUAAUACAA